GCGGAGUCUAGGUUGGGGAGGGGAGAACCUGGGCCCAGAUGGGGCACAGCGUGGAGGAGGUCGGGGCAGGGAGAGAGUCUGGGGUGGGUGGGACAAGGUGGAACCUGAACCAGGUCGGGGUCGAGGACUAUGCGGAGAGACAGAUAGGGAGUCCUGGGGGCCGGAGUGGGGUGGCCGUGGGCCCCAGGAGGGUGAUUGGGCCCCGCGGCUUCUUGCUCUGCCUGUCCCGCGAUCCUAGGAUGGCCCUGCCUCUCCGUGUCUCAGCCUUGGGGUCUCCGUGGACCCCCAGUGGUCCCCUCACUUCCCCGGCCAUGCUGGGCUCCUCUCUGGUAUCCCCUCCUCUCCUGUCCCUUCAACUUGUGGCCCUGGGGACCCUCCCUGGACACGUUCCGGUGCGCCUGAGUGGUUGGACAUGGGGGGGGUGGACCCUCAGAGUGGGUGGGGACAGGGCAGGCCGUGGACCGGGCAGGGGCCCACGCGCCGGCUCCUGGGGCUCCCAGGUCUCCGUGCAGGCCACGUGCGCCACCCUGACGGCCAUGAGCGUGGACCGCUGGUACGUGACGGUGUUCCCGCUGCGCGCCCUGCACCGCCGCACGCCGCGCUUGGCGCUGGCCGUGAGCCUCGGCAUCUGGGUGGGCUCCGCGGCCGUGUCAGCGCCGGUGCUCGCCCUGCACCGCCUCUCGCCCGGGCCGCGCACCUACUGCAGCGAGGCCUUCCCCAGCCGCGCCCUGGAGCGCGCCUUCGCGCUCUACAACCUGCUGGCGCUCUACCUGCUGCCGCUGGCCGCCACCUGUGCCUGCUACGGGGCCAUGCUGCGCCACCUGGGCCGGGCCGCCGUGCGCCCCCCGCGCGCCGACAGCGCCCUGCAGGGGCAGCUGCUGGCGGAGCGAGCGGGCGCCGUGCGCGCCAAGGUCUCGCGGCUGGUGGCGGCCGUGGUCCUGCUCUUCGCCGCCUGCUGGGGCCCCAUCCAGCUGUUCCUGUUGCUGCAGGCGCUGGGCCCGGCGGGCGCCUGGCACCCGCGCAGCUACGCGGCGUACGCGCUCAAGACCUGGGCGCAUUGCAUGUCCUACAGCAAUUCGGCCCUCAACCCGCUACUCUACGCCUUCCUGGGCUCCCACUUCCGUCGGGCCUUGCGCGGCGUCUGCCCCUGCGCUCCCCGGCGCCCCCGGCGCCCCCGCCGCUCCGGACCCUCGGCCGCCGCCGCCGCCGCCGCCCCCCCGCCCCGCGCCGAGUUGCACCGCCUGGCCGCCCGCCCGACCCCCACCGGGAUCCCAAUGGAGCCGGGAAGCGGCGGAGGGGGCCGCGCAGGCUGUGCGUCCUGAGGGAACACGCUGCCCCUCUCUGAGCCUUCUCUGGAGAUGGGCCCCUCGGGAACAGGCGCUCCUUGAACAGCACCUGCUAUUAUUCUGUUAUUAAUCUAUUUUUGUCCCAGAUAAUUGUCAUGAAUUUGUUUUGUCCUCUUGUAACGUCUGGUACGGAUUUGCUGUGCUGUUCGCUGCUAUCGAUAUCGUAAUUAUUGUUUCUGUAUUUCCUGAAAGUGGAGAUGCUUUGAUGCUGGCCCCUUCAAGGAAGCGUCUAUAGAAAUUUCUGCACAUGGGCCUGUGGUCGACGGUAAGAUUGUAAGAUGCGUCACACUCCCAGAGAUGUUAAACCGUGAACCCCAUGUGUAUCUUAAAAUGGAUGAAAUAAGGCGUCAUUAUUAAUAAUGUACCUGUCCUGGCCGGGAACGUGGUGGCUGCCGUCGGUCCCGUGAGUCCUCCUGGGGGCUCAGGGUGCAGAACCACCCGUGUGAGAGGCAGAUCCACUGCUUCGUAACAAACCACCCCAAAUGGAGAGUCGCAGAACAGCAUCCGUGUCACCUCCCAGAAUUCUGUGGGGUGGCUGCGCUCAGUGGGCGCUUCCCAUCCCCCACGCGGGUGGGUGGGGGUGGCUCACCUGGGGACCAGGAAGCCUCUGGCAGAGUCACACUGCAUCUUUGGCAGAAAUGUGCAGGAAACGGUGGAAGUUGCAGGACCUGGAGGCCCAGACUCACAGGUCCCAGCAGCCACUGCUACCCCAUUGACGGUUUGGGGGUGUCAGAGACCCCCCCCCGGAUUGGAGGCGGGGGGUAGACCCACGUCCUGGUGGGAUAAGCUGCGUGUGUGUGCGGGCGAGAAUCAGUACAGCCACCCACGACGGCCCUGCAGGCCACAGGCGGAGUCGCCCCGAAGAAGGACCGCCUGUCUCUUGGAGGCCCCAAUCCUCACAAAUUAUGUGGGGCCAUCCUGGGCCCCCAGACAAUCCAGAUUUGCUGAGAUGUUAAUAAGACCGAGAGGGCAGAACAUGGCGCCAUUCGGACGCUGGCCUGACCCUUGCCUGUUCCGGUCUCCAAGACCCGGCCUGGGGACUGGGCUGGACACAGGGUGGAAAUUCUCCCCUUGGCCUGCAGGCCCUGCCCACCCCCUGCCCCUCCCCACUCUCCCCCAAACCCGCAGUCUCUCUGUGGCUUCCUGAACGGCUGGGCCGCUGUCCUCCUCGCUUCUGGGCCUUUGCACAUGCAGUUCCCUCUGUUGUGCCAGGUGCAUCCUUGCUCAUCCUCCAAUCAACUUGGCUGCCCCCUCCUCCGGGAAGCCCUCCUGGCCCCCUCCAGGCUGGGUCAGGCGCCUCGUUCAGGCCCAGUGCUGCCCCCCUCACAGCUCUGACAUCCUUGGGCUGUACCUGCCGGGUGCCUGUCUGACCUGGUCCCCACUGUGUCCCCGGGGCCCAGCGCACAGUAGGGCUGAAUAGAUAUUUGUGGGAUGAAUAACCAAGUGUGUCGUGGGGACUAAAAGAGGAGGUGUGUGCCGAAGGUGGGGUG